AUGGGAGGUGACGUGUUCGGUGACGUGUCAUUGCCUCGGCCGGAGUUCCAGUCUCUGCCACGUGUCGGCGUGGAGCCGCCUCCUAGCUUGGCUCUCCUUGCGCUGUCGCGGAAAAAGAAGGAGGACGCGGAAGCCGCCGCCGCCGCCAGCGAAUUUCGGGAUUUGGAGCGGGAGAGGUUCGAGGCGGAACUAGAAAGGGUUCAGAAUCAGAAGGAGCAGGAGAAGCAGAGGAAGGAGGAGGAGGAGCAGCGGGCGAUGGAGAUGGCGCGGCAGCAGGAGGAGGAGAUGGUGCGGAAGGCGCGGGAGGAGGAGGAGCUGCGCGCGCGCGCGGAGCAGGAGGCGCGGGAGGCGGAACUGCGCGCGCAGAUGGAGGCGGAAGCCGCGGCGCGGAGGCUGGAGGAGGAGCGGCGGAAGGUGCAGGAGGAGAAGCAGCGGAUCCGGGACGAGGAGGAGAGGCGGAAGGAAAACGCGCGGAAGAAGCUGCAGGAGCUUGAAGAUAGAAUUGCGAGAAGACGAGCGGAGGAGGAGGCGAGACGAGCGGAGGGGGGAGGCGACGGGGAGGGAGAUUCGAAGGAGGAGCAGGAGCAGGAGAAGGAGAAGGAGCAGGAACAGGUGGCAGAUAGCUGGGAAGACUCGGAUAGGGCAGACGCUGCAGCAGAGGCGGCAGAGGCAGCGGCAGCUGGCGGUAAGGCAGACGCGGCAGCGGGUAGGGCCGAAGGGCAGGUGUUAGUGGAGGUGGGUGGCGCAACGGCGGAAGUCUCGGAAACUGUGAAGCAGGAGGUAUUGGAUCAAGCGGGGGCGGAGGCUGGAAGCUUGGAGGAUGGCCAGGGGAACGCAAGUCGAGGGGAAGUGAAGUCGGCGGGAGAAGGCGCGGGGUUGGGGCAAGUGACGGUGGAAGCGGAAAGCGAUGCGGAGAAGCAGGAGCGCGGGGGAGCAGAGGCGCAAAACGAGCAGCAGGUGCAGCAGCAGCAGCAGGCGGCGGCGGCGGCGGCGGGGGAGGCGGGGGAGCAAAACAAGGGGGGCGCGCCGGAGCUCCCCCCUGGGGCGGAGUUGCGCGGAAUGGAUCCGUACCAUGCGCCGUACCCCUCUAGGCACCCCGGCGCAGGCCCCAUGCUCUCGUCCUUUGCCUACAAUCAACCGCUCGCGCGCUAUCCUGGAUCGCACAUAGACUCGCACGGGUCGCAGGAGCGUUAUUUAGGCGAAAGGCAGCAGGAUAUGUGGGGAGUGGGGGGUAUGGGGGAGAUGGGCGGGAUUGGGCGGGAUUUUGGUGGCGCCGGGGGGAAUGGCGGGGAAUUAGGGUUUGCGCCUUGGAAGAUGCACCAGCAGUUUUUCCCGCCGGGGAUGAUUGGCCCCGGGGGGGGUUUCCCCGGUGCUUCGCAUCUCCUGGUCCCCCCUCACGCGCCCCCGCAUGCGCAGCUUCACGCGCACCCGCACCACGCGCAUCCCCACCACGCGCACGCGCACGCGCAUCACUCCGCGCCCGGUAUGCCCCUUCCGCAGCAGCACCACCUGCACGGGCAGCAACCCCCUCUGCUGCACCGCCCCGUCACCAUCUCCCCCCCGUCCUCCUCGUUCUUUGGCAACGGGGACAUCACGCGCGGGUUUCACAUGCUCGGGGGCGGCGCCGCAGGCGGGGGGGCGCAUGCCGCCAUGGGGAUGGGCGGGGGAGGGGCAGGGGGCGGGGGAGGGCCGUUCGCGGGCCCGCCAGGCGGAGCUCCCUCGGGUGCGCCGCUCCAGUACUUUGAUAAGUCUGUAGGGCCCACACCCAUGCGGAACCAGUACAUCGGCGGACCAGGCCCCGUGGGGCGCUUUCCGCCAGGCAAUCCCAUAGGCGCGGUUGGCGCAGCUGCGGGGGGAGGGGGCGGGAUGGGGCGCGCGGUGGGGGUGGUGGGGGAGCCUGGGGGACUGGGCCCCGCGGGGCUGGGGGGGAGGCAGUAUCAAGAGCGCAGGGGGGAUGGCCAGGGUGGGGAUUACUAUGGGCGGGAGGAAGGCGGACUGGGGGCCGUGGAUGGGGGCAUGGGCGGAAGGGAUAGGCGGUGGGGGGCGCCAGGGGAUCAUCUGGAGGGGCGGAGGGGGCCCAAGGGAGCCGCUUGCAUGGCAGCGGGCGAGGAGGGUCAGCUGGCCGUGGCCUUGCUGGUCCUGCGGCAGCAGCAGUUGGUUCUGGGCGCGGGGGGAGGGGCGGCCAAGACAGGGAAUCCGCGGGCAGAGGCGUGGGGGCGGAAGGGCAGGGCUAUGGCGGUAGAUCGGGGGCGUGGGGAGGUGGAGGGGGAGGGGGAGGGGGAGGCGGAGGCAGGGGAAGUGGAGGGUAUGGAGGCGGGAGAGGGGGGCCACAGGAUUGGCAAGGGAGGGGGCAAGGGGGGCGGUGGGGGUAUGGGGAGGGCCGAGGGGGUGGGAGGUGGCAGGGAGGAAGGGGAGGGAGAGGGAGAGAGGGAGGAGCGGGGGCAGCAGGUGGAGGCAGUUGGAGGCCGCGGGGGGGAGCAGAGGGUUCUGGUGGUGGGCGGGGGGAGGAGAGGGGAGGGUAGAGUAGCAGGGGCAGAGGUGGCAGCAGUAGCAGUGGAAGAGAAGGGAGGUAGGGUUGUGCGUUAA